UGAAGUCAUUUUAGCAGUAGUCAUUAUGGAGAAAAGGUCGAAGCCCAACUGGAUAUCAUACAUCUUUUUCCUUUAUAUGAUCCCACUGUUCUGGAACAGUUUUAAAAAGGAUUUUACCGAAGACGACGUUUCCGUGAAUCACAAAGAAGCCAACCGAUAUGGAGAUUUACUCGAAAAGACGUGGAUGGAAAAACGGAAAACCAGCAAGAAAUGGUCGCUGCUUUUAUCAAUGUUCAAAGUCUUCGGCUUAGAAUUCUGCAUAAUCGGAAUAUUGUGUUUAAUACGAGAAUUAACAACCAUAAUACUUUUGCCGAUGCUGGUCGAACGUUUGAUCUUGCAUUUCGCCGAUCCCAUUAACGAAGAGGACGGUUACAUACUCUUCGCCAUUUGGGCAUUCGUUUUCUUUAUUAUAAAAAUCCUUUUGCAUGCGGUCAUGUUCAGAUUCCAAACGUUGACCAUGAAGAUACGGUCUUCUUGCACUUCGCUGAUUUACAGGAAAUCUCUGAGACUGGAUCAAAAACAUUUCGGAAAAUCUACGGCCGGAAAAGUGGUGAAUCUUUUAUCCAACGAUAUGCAAAAGUUCGACACUUAUUCGAUGCUCGUGCACAUGGUUUGGAUAACGCCGAUCCAAUUGAUCGUGGGCACUUACCUGCUGUACACUUACAUGGGUUGGAUAGCUUUCAUUGGAGUAAUUUUCCUAUUCAUAUUUUUCCCAAUUAUACUUUAUUUGAGCAAAAAAAUUUCCAUGUGCCGUUUGAAGAUGGCAACGAAAACUGAUACAAGGGUGAAGCUCAUGAACGAGAUUUGCUCGAACAUAAAAACAAUCAAAAUGUACACGUGGGAGAAGGCGUUCCUUGAUUGGAUCACAAUAAUAAGACGUGAAGAGAUGAGCUACGUUUUACGAUCCGACAAUUUCAUCGGAUUACUGUCCUCUUUUGAUGGUUUUGUAGUGCGCGGUUCCAUCUUCGUCACGCUCGUCGCGUGCGUGUUCUUCGAAUUGAACCUGAAAAUCUCUGAUGUCUUCGCUGUUGUCUGCAUCCAUUACAUAAUGCGGUUCACGGCAAUCAGUCAACUAACAUGCGCGAUUCCUGCUGUGAUUGAUAUCAAGCUCGGACUGGACAGGGUCCAAGAAUUUCUGAAUACACCGGAGAAGACGGUGAAGGAAAUCGAAGUGGAUCACGAAGACGGCGUUUUUAUCACGAACGUUAUCAAGUCGAAGAAAUGCAAGGUCGUGUUCGGCAAGGUGAGCGCAAAAUGGCAGGACGAAAACACUUUGACCGAUAUAAGCUUCAGUUUGGAUGGGAAUCAGAUGAUCGGUGUUAUUGGGCCUGUGGGAAGCGGUAAAAGCAGUUUGCUUAAUGUUAUUCUUCAGGAGUUGCCUGUUACUUCCGGACAUUUAUCCGUCACCGGAAGCAUCUCUUACGCUCCUCAAGAACCGUUUCUGUUCAACGGUAGCAUCCGCCAAAAUGUUUUAUUCGGCGGAGAAUUCAACGCUGAGAGAUACAAGAAGGUGUGUCAGGUGUGCGCCUUGGAACGUGACUUCACGUUGCUCCCAUCCGGAGAUGAUACGUCCGUGGAUCUUCUCAGCGGAGGCCAAAAGUCGCGCGUAAAUUUGGCGAGGUGCAUUUACAGAGAGGCAGAUAUAUACUUACUGGACGAUCCAUUAUCAGCUGUAGACAAUAAAGUCGGUGGACACAUCUUCAAGGAAUGCAUCCAGGGAUUCUUGGAAGGCAAAAUACGAAUUUUGAUAACGCACCAGUUGCAGCAUCUGAGGAAAUUCGAAGAUUUGAUUAUUUUGGAGAACGGGAAGAUUUCGUGUAGAGGCAGUUACAGCGAUUUGCAAGCUUGCGACUCGGACUUUGCCAAAUCAUUAAAGAUCGAUGAUCAAAAAGAAAGCAGUGAAAAGGUAGAGCAAACUGAUGAAGAGGAAACUGUCAGCAGUAGUUCGAACGAGAACAAAGAGGAGAUGAAUUCAGGUUCAAUCAAAUUGAAAACUUACUGGACUUAUUUCAGGUCCGGCGGAAACGCGUUCAUAUUGAUCUUACUUUUAACGAUGUUCAUUAUAUCCCAAUUGAUUUACUCGUAUCUAGAUUACUUCGUUAUGGAUUGGAUGUCCCAUGAUGAUGAUGUUUUAAACAAUAAAGAUUUCCAACUGCAGAUGGUUUACACGUACAGCGCAGUGAUAUUGGCCACUAUACCGAUAACUUUGAUCCGAUCGAUUUGGCAUUACAGAUUCUGCUCGAAAGGCGCGGAACGUCUGCAUUUCACCGCUUUCACGCGAUUACUCGAAACGCCGAUGAAGUUCUUCGAUUCCAAUCCAACCGGACGAAUCUUGAACACGUUUUCGAAAGACUUCACCAUCGUCGAUAUAGUAAUUCCACACAUCGUGCACGACGUAUUUUCAAUACAACUCAAUCUAAUCGCAAUUUUGAUCAUGGGUAUAAUCAUUAAGGUCUACCUGAUCAUUCCCUCGUUAAUCCUCAUUAUCAUAUCAAUCAUAUUGCUCAAAUUUUAUAUGAGAUUAUCCUUGAUGGUUAAGAGGAUAUACGCUUCUUCAAGAAGUCCAAUAUUUGGUCAUCUAAGGAGUUCGUUGAACGGAUUAAGCACAAUACGUGCUUUCAACGCGGAGAAUAAGUUCAGCGAAGUUUUCGAUGAUCUGCAGGAUUUUAACAACUCAAGUUGGGUGCUUUGUGCAGCGGCAGUCAGGGCUUUUGGCUUCUGGAAUGAUCUAAGCUGCAUUGUGGUGUUAUCCACGAAUAUAGUGAUAUUAGUAUACCUGGAUGAAAACAACAGAAGCGAGGCAAUUGGUUUUCUUUUGACUCUGUACAUGUCCGUGAUGUUGGGCUUCCAAUGGGGCAUGCGGCAAACUACGGAAAUGAUCAACGAAAUGGUAUCAGUGGAGAGGAUUCAGAAGUUCACCAAUUUGAAGCGAGAAGACGAUUUCGAAUUGAAUUUCGAUUGGCCCAAAUCUGGGAACAUUGAAUUCAAAGAUACGAGUUUGGAAUACAGCGAAGGUAAAAGGGUGUUGGAUAACUUGAAUCUCGCUGUAAAGUCGGGAGAGAAAAUUGGAAUAAUCGGAAGGACCGGAGCUGGAAAAUCGACGAUCCUCUCAGCUCUCUAUCAGCUGUACAAAACCGACGGGAAAAUCGUCAUAGAUAAUUGCAAUAUAUCCGAUUUACCAAUAAAAAUGCUGAGAAGGAAUAUUUCUAUAAUACCACAAGAACCGGUUUUGUUCGAGACCAGCGUCAGGAAGAAUUUGGAUCCUUUCGACGAGUACACGGACAGAGAUAUCUGGCAAACUUUGGAUGAUGUUGAGCUUAAGGAUUCCGUCUCGGAUUUAACGGAGAUGCCAAGGAACUUCAGUCUCGGUCAGAGACAACUCUUCUGCUUAGCAAGAGCGUUGCUUAGGAACAACAAGAUACUGGUUUUGGAUGAAGCCACUGCUAACGUUGAUCCGCAAACGGAAAGUUUGAUCCAGAAGACGUUGAAGUUAAAGUUUAGCGAUUGUACGGUGUUGACCAUUGCCCAUAGGUUGCAAACGGUUAUGGAAUCGGAUAAAAUCUUGGUCAUGGAGAGUGGACGAGCCGCAGAAUUCGCACAUCCGUAUGAACUGUUGAGCAUGGAGACGGGAAUCUUCAAGUCGAUGCUUCAAAGUAGCGGAGAUUACGCGCAUCUCUCUAAUAUCGCUGAAAAGAACUACCAAAUGAAGAAAAUGGAAUAAAUUUACUACGUCAAUUAAAGUUGAUGAAUAUGC